AUGCUCGCAACAAGACUGAUCUUUGUUCUCUCAGUGGUCAUUGGGUGGACAACAGCCUGCACACCAUCGGAUAACAGCACCAGCGAUAUCUUCAUCAUAGGCGACGAUGGACCUGCUCCGGCGGAGACCUCGGGCUACUUCAUCAACCACUUUGGCCUGCUCACCACAAAUCUCGAAGUUAUGAAGCACUUCUACGGCAACGUCCUCGGCAUGCGUCUCAUGUUCGAGGUCCAUGUCACUCCCGAGUAUAGUGUCACAUAUAUGGGCCACGCCCAAGGGGGACGAAACGGAACCGGCUUCCAAACCGGUACAGAGAUGUAUCGCGAGAAGAACAACCUUGCGGGCCUCCUCGAGCUUGUCCAGUUCAACGUAACUGACGAUAGCCUGGUGGCUUCUACCAAACGAACCAAUACCUUUGGACAUGUCGGGUUGAUCGUCCCGGAUAUCCAGGAGACACAGGACUAUCUGGAGAACCACGGGAUUGAGAUACUCAAGCGGUAUGGGGAGCCAAUCCAGGAUUUUACUGGACUUAUUCCCAAUGCGUUCGGCCUCGGUGAGUAUGCAGGUGCUCAUAUUGCUGCCAAAAAAGCCCUCAUGGAGGCACAGGGUGUUAUUGGGAUACAGCUGCUCCUCAUGGUUGCUGAUCCAGAUGGAAAUUUGGUUGAAAUUCAGCAGCAGGAGCAACCAGCUGGUGCCGUCUGA